CAGGAACAGGGGAGCAAAUCACUGUGCGAGGGCGAGUGGCCCUCCCACCCGGUCUCCUCCCAUUCCCGGCGCAGGUCUCCUGGGCUCAGCGCUGUUGUUUUCAGCACUCGGGAAAGGAGAGCAGGCGCUUCCCGUCAGGCAAGGAGAGCAAGCUGGGGAGUUCGCAGUUCAGCACCUCGGACAGAGCACGCAGGAAAAAAGAAAAGGGAAGCAAGCAAGCAAAAGAAAGUCGGAAAGGAAAAAGGGAAAAAAUGGCUCCGAUCGCGACCAGCCGGGAAGAAUUUGAUGAAAUCCCCACAGUGGUGGGGAUCUUCAGUGCAUUUGGCCUGGUUUUCACGGUGUCUCUGUUUGCAUGGAUCUGCUGUCAGAGAAAAUCAUCCAAGUCUAACAAGACUCCUCCAUAUAAGUUUGUGCAUGUAUUAAAGGGUGUUGAUAUUUACCCAGAAAACCUAAAUAGCAAAAAGAAAUUUGGAGCUGAUGACAAAAAUGAAGAUAAAAAUAAGCCAGCUGUGUCAAAGAAUUCACUGCAUCUGGACCUUGAGAAACGUGAUCUCAAUGGCAAUUUCCCCAAAACAAAUCUCAAAGUUGGCAGUCCCUCUGAUUCAGAAAAUGUAACACCGAAGCUCUUUUCAGAAGGUGUAAAAGAAAUUGUUUCCUCAGAGAGCCUGAAGUCCAGUACUUCCCUUACUUCAGAUGAAAAACAUGAGAAGUUGGGAACCCUCUUCUUCUCCUUAGAGUACAACUUUGAGAGGAAAGCAUUUGUGGUGAAUAUUAAAGAAGCCCGUGGUUUGCCAGCUAUGGAUGAGCAGUCGAUGACCUCUGACCCAUACAUCAAAAUGACGAUCUUGCCAGAGAAGAAGCAUAAAGUGAAAACCAGAGUUCUUAGAAAGACCUUGGACCCAGCUUUUGAUGAGACUUUUACAUUCUAUGGGAUCCCUUACACCCAGAUCCAAGAGUUGGUCUUGCACUUCACAGUCUUGAGUUUUGACAGGUUUUCAAGAGAUGAUGUUAUUGGAGAAGUCCUUAUUCCUCUUUCAGGAAUUGAAUUAUCUGAUGGAAAAAUGCUAAUGAACCGAGAGAUUAUCAAGAGAAAUGUUAGGAAGUCUUCAGGACGCGGUGAGUUGCUGAUCUCACUUUGCUAUCAAUCCACCACAAAUACUCUCACUGUUGUUGUUUUAAAAGCUCGACACCUGCCUAAAUCUGACAUAUCUGGACUUUCAGAUCCAUAUGUCAAGGUAAACCUGUACCACGCCAAAAAGAGAAUCUGCAAAAAGAAGACACAUGUGAAAAAAUGCACUCCCAAUGCAGUGUUCAAUGAAUUGUUUGUCUUUGAUAUUCCUUGUGAGGACCUUGAGGAGAUAAGUGUGGAAUUCCUAGUUUUGGAUUCUGAAAGGGGUUCACGAAAUGAGGUGAUUGGGAGGUUGGUCCUAGGAACAGCAGCAGAAGGAAGUGGUGGGGAGCACUGGAAAGAGAUUUGUGGACUAUCCCAGGAGACAAAUUGGCCCCCCAAGUUGGCAUAUGCUCUGUGA